AUGCAGCGAGCCGAGCUCCGGGAGGGGGAGGCCGCCGCCGCCGCCUCGUACCGGGUGCUCAGCCGCCUGCUGGGCUAUGGGGCCGGGCCGGGGCCGGGCGGCGGCGCCAAGGGCCCCGCGGAGGAGGGCGGCGCGGCCGGGGGGUCCCGCCCGCCGCCGCAGCUCAUGGUGUUCCGCAACGUGGGGCGGCCGGGGGACGGGGCCGGGGAUGGGGCCGGGCCCGGCCCCUCGGAGCUGCUCUGCCCGCGGCACCGCUGCGCCCUGCAGCCCAAGGGGGACCCGCGCUGGGGGCGGCUCCCGCCGGCCGGGCUGGAGCUGCAGCUGGCGGCGCUGGAGGUGGGCGGGAAGGGCCCCGGCGGCUGCCCCUGCCUCAGCCUGCUGCCCGCGCCGGGGGGCCCGGCCGCCGAGGAGACCAGCGACGCGCUGCUGGUGCUGGAGGCGCUGGAGCCCGACGAGGCGGAGAGCGGCUCCGAGGAGGAGCCGGGCAGCCCGGGCCGGGCCGGGGCCGGCGUGGGAGGGAGGCCGGGGAGCCGGGCCCAGCCGCCGCCCCCGCCGGCCGCCCCCGCCGCGCCGCCCGGGGCAGGCGGCCCCGGCGCGAGGAAAGGCUCGCUCAAAAUCCGCCUCAGCCGCUUCUUCCGCACCAAGAGCUGCAGCGGCUCCCCGGCCGGGGGGGAGCCCGCCGCCGGCAGGAGGCGCUCGGGGGAGCUGCCCGCCUCGGCCGGGAGCCUGUCCGACGUGUCCAGCCCCAGGGGCCGGGAGCAGGACUCGGGCAGGAAACCCCGAUUGACAAGAACUCAAAGUGCCUUUUCUCCGGUUGCUUUCAGCCCCCUCUUCACAGGUGAAACUGUGUCACUAGUGGAUGUGGACAUCUCCCAGCGAGGACUGACCUCGCCUCACCCUCCGACUCCUCCACCUCCGCCCCGGAGAAGCCUCAGCCUGCUAGAUGAUAUCAGUGGGACGCUGCCUACAUCUGUUCUAGUGGGUCCGAUGGGGUCUUCCCUGCAGUCUUUCCCUCUGCCUCCGCCUCCUCCACCCCAUGCCCCAGAUGCGUUUCCCCGGAUCGUCCCGUUCAGACCGACCGAGGCAGUGAACAGCCAGACCACCCAGCAUCUUCACUGUCCUCUCUACCGACCAGACUCGAGCAGCUUUGCAGCUAGCUUGCGAGAACUGGAAAAGUGUGGUUGGUAUUGGGGACCAAUGAACUGGGAAGACGCAGAAAUGAAGCUGAAGGGGAAGCCAGACGGAUCCUUCCUGGUACGAGACAGUUCCGACCCUCGUUACAUCCUGAGCUUAAGCUUUCGAUCACAGGGGAUCACCCAUCACACCAGAAUGGAGCACUACAGAGGAACCUUCAGUCUGUGGUGUCACCCCAAAUUUGAGGAUCGCUGCCAGUCUGUGGUGGAGUUUAUAAAGAGAGCGAUCAUGCACUCAAAAAAUGGGAAGUUCCUUUACUUCCUGCGAUCCAGGGUUCCAGGUCUCCCUCCAACGCCUGUCCAGCUCCUGUAUCCUGUCUCCAGGUUCAGCAACGUCAAAUCCCUCCAGCACCUUUGCCGCUUCCGGAUCAGGCAACUUGUCCGCAUAGACCACAUUCCAGAGCUCCCGCUGCCCAAGCCGUUGAUCUCCUACAUCCGGAAGUUCUAUUACUACGACCCCCAAGAGGAGGUGUAUCUGUCGCUGAAGGAAGCUCAGCUGAUCUCAAAACAGAAGCAGGAGACUGAAUCCUUGACGUAGCGAGGCUGCCGCGCCCAUCUUGUCACUGUCACGGACGGAAUUUGCUUGCUGAGAUCCUGUAGCAAAGAGCCUAAGCAAAGCUACAGUAGAAAGGAGGCGCGGGAAGGGGGAAGCCUACCUCUUUCCUCCUCUGAAGAGGCUUCCGGACUCUUAAGAAGCCCAGCAGAACGGAAAUUGGAGCUCUGGCUUGGGGAUGGAGCCUUUGACAGCAGGCGAACUGGAUCCCAGACUCCUCGCAGAACGGCGAAUGUCACGGCACUGGUUACGAUUUCAGUUUUUAUUUUUGAUGUUUCCGUUUCACAUGGGAAAUACUGUCUUUAAGAGCAGCUGGAUUUUAGUCCACCGCAGAUUCAAGGGUGAGGGAAGAGAGGGAUCUCGCAGCAAGAUCAUCCAAUCCAGCCAUCCUGGGAAAACUGCUCUUUGGCUACCAUCCAUGCGGCUGUGGCCAAAGAGCUGCGGGGAAGGAGACUGAGCCAGAUUCGUGUGCAGCUACGUAGAAUAAUUGUGGGUGGGGGGAGGGGAGGCGCUAGCGCUCUAAACAGUGCAGCUACGUAGACCCUGUGCUUUCUAGGAGACGGUGCAAGAGCCCAACCUAGCCUGGAGUCGCCAAGUGGUCCUGUGCGCUUUCACAUCCUACCCAAGGAGGGGAACUGUGUGCGCUCCAUUCAAAUGUUCUGAAGCCUUCUGCCAGCGGACUAGCUUGUAGCAUUGAGGGGCAAGAGGCUAUCAGCCACCCAGCACAUGCCAGAAGAUGUAGCCCAAGAGUUUUUCGGGCUAAAGUCCUUUACAGUUCCGCCUGUGAUAGCUGUGGAAUCUGGCAAAGCUGUUGUGUCUAAAUUCCAGCAAUCCGGGAGCCAAGGGCAUUCCUGCCUCACUGAAGCCGUCUCAGCACUGCAGAGCCACAGGGAGUUUUGUUCAGGCCUCUGCUGGCUAUUCCCAAAAGCUGUGAAUGAAAUGGCGUUUUCAUCAAAGGAGCCGUGUCGAAUCCGGACGACUAAUUGCGAAGGCUGUUGUGGGGCAUCUCUCCGACUCAACGGACGGGGAACCAAUUUUUGACCCUGACCGUGGGUUAGGUGGGAUGAUGCAGGAGAGAAGGAUGAUCCCAACAUACUUGGAGACGGCUUCCUGAUCUUCCUGUGAGGGUGAUGCUCUGUAUUUCUGGUGAUGAACUAGAACGUGAUCUGGGAGUAUUGCAGCCCAGAACAAUUCCUGCAGAUGGGGCCAGUAACAGGAGAGCUAAAACAGUGUUGCUUCUACUGUAUUUGCCAUGUGACUCCUAAAUUUUCCAUGGCUUACUGGGUUUGGCACUAGUAAUAGCUCUCUCAUCUCAAGGAGCCUGGUCUGCUGCUGUCUUCACAGCUACUAAGGAGUUGUUUCCAUAGCAAAAUGUAGUGUCUGCCCUUUGGUGGGCAUGAGGCCCUUCUAAGGAGGGAUCUCGCGUCCUGUAUAGUUAAACUAAAAAUUCCUCUCCGCGUGACUGCUGCCCACCUCCCCUCCCAGCAGUGUGGUGGUCUGGAAGUUGUGAUGUUUGUGUCUGGCACUCGGGCUGCGGUCUUCUAACCUGGCAUCCUUUCGCUGAGGUCUGAGUGUCCCCUACGUUGGAUGUAGCAGUUCGUGAGAAUUUAGGAUUCGCACCGUUCCUUAAGGAAUGAUGUACAUAUUGAGGUUAGAGAGAGUAGCAUGAAAUCUGCCUCGCUCUCUGUAAAGAGUUCCUCUAGAGCAGGCUGGAGGCCAGGGCUCUUCCUUUCCUGUGUAAAUGAGAACAGCUUCACUUCCGGAUGAAACCACAACAAGGCUUAAGCAGUCUCUAGAAAUACCUCAUCUGAAAAAAUUUGCUACUGAAUCUGCAUCCCGUUGGUGGUUACCUACGUGGGCAGGGGGUAGCGGAGAGGGAUGAAUACCCUCUUAGACUGGUCAUUUACAGUACGUCUACACUGCCUUUUUCUCUCUUCUCCCCCUCCCGCCGCCCCCCCCCCCCAAAAAAAACCACAAUGAAAACAAAAAAACAACCAACCCAUGACUGCAAGUCUCGGCCCCUGGGUCAGGCUAUGGAGGCUAAAAAUAACAGUGUAGAUGUUCGUUCUUUGUGCUGGUGUUCAAGCCCCGAGACCCAACUCCCUGGCCAGGUUUCAGAGCCCAAGCGGGAACGUCUGUUGCUAUUUUUAGCCCCGUAACGCAAGGCAGAGCCAGUUGAUCUGGGCUCUGAGACGUGCUACUUUGGGUUUUAUUGCCGUGUAGACAUAGCUGUCGCAUGUCUUGUUCCCUUGUGAAAUCUGGGCUCUUUAGGUCCAUAGCACAACAUGACCCACCAGCGAGGCUCCAGAAGUUUAAUCUCUCUCAUAAACCCUACGUCCCCCCCACCAGCCGGAGAUUUGCAGUUCACAUAUAGUCAUGGGCCUGGUUAAGAUCAAGGAGCGCACAGCAAAUUGGGACGAAUGAUGCACAGCUUGAAAAUCCAGCCGUGCCGCUGGGGUGCACAAGACUGAUUGCAUCUUCCUUUACAGUGGGAGGGGGCCUGGAUGUGACAGCAAUCCCUAGAUGCGUAGCCCCUCCAGCUUUGAUACAGCUCAUCCUAGUCAUGGAUUAAGAAUCCAAAUAUUCAACCUCCAGCGAAUUCAUACACUGGAAAAAAUCUGCUUCCCUGGAGUGACUGCAAAGGAGGAUCCGACACCUCCAAAAUGUCUGUAAACUUAUGUGCAGCUGCAGACUAACAGCUCAUUAACCUUCCCUCUAAUUGGACCGCUCUGAGAGGCACUGGAUUGGGAGAGCAAUGCAGAGUGUGAAGGGGCUGGCUGUUGGACUCCAAUGGUCCCUUGUUUUCCGCCAGCCAUGGGGAACACCUGCAAUCAACAUGGGUCUGGGAGACUUGUGGAUCUGCUUGUAAAGAGAGUGGGGGGAGGACCUAUCCUCCUCUUCCCCCCCCCCCUUAAAUUUGGAAGAAGUCUGUGCUGUUUCUCACAUACCUCCCACCCAGUUCUUUCUGGAGCAGAUAAAGAGUCAAGCUGUCAAAUUGAUGCUGGAUUUGGGGAAGCAAGGUGGAGACUUAAAUAGGCAGGCUGGAAAAAGAAGAGGAAAUGUAUUUGGAAUGGCCAAACACUGAAAUAACCUGUAGAAUGAACUACUGUCCCUGAAUGGGGUUGCCUUGGGGGGGGGAAUCUUUUUUUUUUUUUUUUGAGGGGGGCGGGAUAAAAACGCACAAAUCUACACCCCAGCAUUGGCUGGUUUAAAGAGAAAUGCUGAUCUCAACUAUUUGACCUCUUAAUUCUCUGGCAUGUUAAUUCUCCACUUCACUCUCCUUUUUUAAGCCCGAUGCAACUACUGAGGACUUGUUCCCGCUGAGCCAUGGAGUCCUAGGGCAGGUCAUAUACAUAAAACAUCAGGAGCAGUCCAAGAAGCAGCGUGACUUUUUGAAAUGCUGUUGCAUCUGUAUUGGGUCUGCUGUGAGCAUCCUCGAAAAGGAGUUUCCCCCAUGGGCUGUUUGGCAAUUUCUGCUGGUACUUGAAACUUGAACGCUGCAGCGGGUGAGCGUUCUAGCCGGAUGGUGGUCGGCUAACAAGGGCUGUGGCUUGCAUCCUUGAGCUGCUGGUCAGAGAUGCUUUAUUUUCCUCUGCCUGGUGACCGGGAUUCCUUGGUAUGGAAUGCUGUCCGCUACUGAGCAUAGGAGGUGCCACUGUUCGGGGAAGCCUCAGUCUUACCAACAGGUAUCCCGAAAGCACCUUGCAAGAGUCAGAAGCUUAUCACAAUUUUACUAGCCUGUACCAUUUCCAUGGAGAAAUGAACAAGGCUUUAUCUGUCCGCAAAUUACUCUGGGCAAGUAUAAUUUGUAAGGCUCAACUUUAGUUGCCUUCAACAAUAGGAAACUCCAGCAAACUGUUCCCACGGAAUUGCAGGGUUCUGCAUGCUAAUCUGUAAAUGGGCUAAUCUGAAGCAGGUCUCUUCUUACGCAAGAUCAUUUUAGUGAUCUGUGAAUGGAGGUAGGCGUAGCAGCAACACACUACGUCUAAGGGUGACAGGGUGCUACACACCUGUCCUAUAAAUUUACCCCCCUCCGCAUUUCUCUGGCAUAGCCAAGCGAAGGGAGGCGCACAUACUGCAUAACCAUUCUGCUGCCUCUUUAGUAUCGCUUGGAUAACACUCCCGACACUCGUGCAGUAAAUAAGAACGCUUUUGAAAUCCAUGUUGAAAAGAAGUUUGUUCAUAUUGAAAGCACCUCUUAUCACUUCAGGGCUAGGUUUCUGAGCUGGUAGCUCUUCCUGCUGGAGGGAUGGGAACGUCAUGGACUCCAGCAGCAGCUGUAAAUGUUUUUUCCUGCUCCAAUUCAGAGACCAUCAAGGUCUGAGGGGAAUGGACAGAGCCAUCUCCUCCAAGUGGCACUGUUCUUCUUUACUGGAUGUAGCAGGCCUGUGGAUGGAGAUCUUACAGGUGACCUGUUCCUAGUUCCCAUUUGGUCAAUGAUCCCUGUCCCCAUGUAGGGAGGAACAUUUCACAUUUUUAUGGGAUUAUUUUGUUUUCCUUGUAGGUUAGUGGGCUUAUCUAGAUUUAAAGGGACACGAUCAAUUUGAUUCUCUUAAAGUUACUUGAAGUGUUCUUUAGUGUCCUGAUCUCUGAUUCCUUUAAGAAAAAGUAAGUUUGAUAAGUUUAUAAAUAGGAUUAUAUGAUGAGUUUGCCUGUGCUAGCAGGGGACUGGAUGAGAUGACCCAAGGAGGCCCCUGAGAGUCCUGUAACCGUGGGGUUUUUCUGCUGCAGAUUAUUGGGGCCCUAUUUAGUAAGGGAGAAUUUGACUAUUGAUGGGGAGAGGGAGAUGGACAGUGAAAUUGACUAAUACUAAAGUGCUGUCAAAUGCACAAAUUAAAGUUGAAAGAAAUCUC